UUAUUUUUCAAACAGGAUGUUAUCAGCAACGACGAGAUGAUCUCUGAUGCCUUUGACAUGGCUCUCGUUGAUGAUGUUUGGCUCGAGGUAGACUGCAAGAUGAUCACGGUCAAUCAUGGCGCCAACAUCGGUUUGUUACGCACAUCUGGUGGCUUGUGCCCUCUUAGUAACAGAGAACUUACAGAAUCAUAGAUAUUGGUGCCAACGCUUCAACCGAGGAGGCUGGUGAGAAGCUUGAGGAUGGGCAACAACUUGUUAAUGACGUUAUUCACUCCUUCGGUCUAAUCGAGACUGCUUUUGAUAAGAGUUCCUAUAAGACCUACAUUAGGGGUAAGGUGCGCUUUUAGUGCUAUAAAAUCUCGCACAUAACGAACACAACAAGGACUAGUCACCGUGAGGGUCCGCUGCUAUGAGUGGUUGGCUUCACAUCUUUGGAACGACCGUGACACAAAGUUGUCUUGAAGAGCCCUCGCGGACAAUGAAGGCCAUACUAAUCGGCCUUGUCGUGUUCGUUAUGUGCGAGAUUCUACGGCAGUUCUCUGUUUGAAUUUUCUAACAUCUAUAUUGGUAGGUUACUUGAAAAACGUCAAGAAGUACCUUGAAGAUAGUGGAGCCCCACCAGAAGAGAUCAAGACGUUCCAGGCCGGCGCUCAGCGGGUUUUGACGACCAAAUUUGGGAACGAAAUGUUUGAGGGCAACGGAAGCUGGAAGUUCUACAUUGGUGAGAGCAUGAACGUGGAUGGAAUGUGGGUUUUUCUGCCUCCGCCUUGCCAUCGGUUAUUAACGCUAUCCUCUUCGUAAAAAAUAGGGUUGUUCUCCAUAAUUAUAAGGGGGACGAGGGUGACAUUGCAGGGUACUUGGUUUUCUGGAAGCAUGGCCUCAAAGGGGAGAAGGUUUAA